AUGGCGGCCGUCAGACUAAGCGCGCUGCACGUGGCGCAGCCGGGCCUCGCGCCCGUCGCCAGGGCGGGGGACGCCGUCAAGGCCAGCGAAUGUGGCGGCAAGCAGGCGGCGCUGGGGUGGUGCGCCUCCGCGCAGCUGGGGCAGUCCCUGGGGCCAUCCUCGAUGCGCGCUGCCAUCCCCGACGAUACCACCGCGGGUCCCAACAUGCUCCCUUGCCCGCGAGCGUCAUCACCCCCUUUCCACCGCCAUUGGACCUCCUCUCCUCCUGCGUGCUCACCUUCCCCCCACCCGCUCCCCCUUCCCCCCCCGUGCCCGGAGGCAGCGGCGGACGUGGAGCGGCCGUGGCGGGCGGCGGACGCGCGGCUGGCGCUGGAGGACGGGUCGGUGUGGAAGGGGUCGUCGUUCGGCGCGCGCGGGACUGUGGCGGCGGAGGUGGUGUUCAACACGUCGCUGACGGGGUACCAGGAGAUCAUCACCGACCCCAGCUACGCGGGCCAGAUCGUGCUCAUGACGUGCCCGCACAUCGGCAACACCGGCAUCAACCAAGAGGACGAGGAGUCGCGCACGUGCUUCACGUCGGGGCUCGUCGUGCGCAGCAUCAGCAACUGCGUGUCGAACUGGCGGUCGACGCAGACUCUGCCCGACUACCUGCGACAACACAACAUGAUGGGCAUCUCGGAUAUUGAUACCCGCGCCAUCACCAAGCGACUGCGCGACAAGGGCAGCUUGAACGGUGUGAUUUCAACGGAUCGCAAGAAGUCAGACGAGGAGCUGGUGGAGAUGGCUCGCGCAUACAGCAUCGUUGGCAAGGAUCUGAUAACGGGGGUGACGUGUGAGAAGCCAUACGUGUGGGUGGACCCCACGGGCGAAUGGGAGUUCAGCAGCGACGCCAAGGAGGUCUCCAUGGCCAACGCCUUCCAUGUGGUGGCGUACGACUAUGGCAUAAAGCACAACAUUCUGCGCCGCCUCGCGUCGUACGGCUGUCGCAUCACAGUCGUGCCCUCCACCUACCCGCCCCAGGACCUCGCCAAGCUCAACCCCGACGGCGUCCUCUUCAGCAACGGGCCGGGCGACCCGUCAGCGGUGCCGUACGCGGUGGAGAGUGUGCGGGCGGUGGUGGGGACGGUGCCGGCGCUGGGCAUCUGCAUGGGGCACCAGCUGCUGGGGCAGGCACUGGGCGGGCGCACCUUCAAGCUCAAGUUCGGCCACCACGGCGGCAACCACCCCGUGCGCCACCUCGCCUCCGGCCGCGUCGAGAUCAGCGCGCAGAACCACAACUACGCGGUGGACCCGGAGAGUCUGCCGGAGGGCGUGCAGGUGACGCACAUAAACCUGAACGACGGCACGUGUGCGGGGCUGGCAUACCCCGCUCUCAACGUGAUCAGCAUUCAGUACCACCCCGAGUCCUCCCCUGGCCCCCAUGACGCCGACCCAGUGUUCCAUGACUUUGUGCAAAUGAUGAUCAAGCACCGUGCCACUGCAAAGGCCUGA